AUGCGAGGGACGAAGCCAAUUCGAGUCGAGAACGCUUUCGCCGACCUGAACAAAGGCAGAGCAAAUAGUAGCAUCCAUGUUUGGUCGGAAUUUUAUGACACCGAUCCUCCGACACCAGAAGCGGCCCCCGACCGAGGGUUUGGGGGAAUUCUCAGCGGUCCAUGGAAGGAAGGCCACGAGAACACUAUCGUCAUUACUGCUUUCCAAGCCGACGCGGUUGAGGCUAUGUUGUAUUUUUUGUAUCACUUCGAUAACAAACAACCAACGGACGCCAUGGUUUUCGAUGCCAGAAUGUAUGAGAUUGCAGACAACUAUAGGCUCGAUUCCCUCAAGGAGCUUGCCGGUGAAAGAUUCUACACAAAAAUCAGUGCGGAAUGGAAUAAGGCUGCAUACAUUGAUGCAAUCAGUGUGGUGUAUACCUCGACCCCUUCCCACGAUCGUGGGCUACGACAGGCAGUCGUAAACGCUUCUUUGGCGAACUUCGAGGAACUAAUUGAUCAGGAAGACUUCGAGAGUGCAGUGAAGGACAACCCGGAAUUUGCGUAUGACAUUAUUCGUGAACAGGGUACAACAGGUAGGCACCAUAUUAACGGGAUUCGCGGCAUCUAUAGCCUUUACUGGCGUCCAUUGGCAGAUAGAUAA